AUCAAAGAAUGGCUCGAACAAGUAUAUCUAUACUUGGACGAUGUCACGGACGAGCAGCUGCGAAUAAAGCUGUCAUUAUCGUAUCUUGAGGGCGAUGCCCAUGACUAUAUGGAUGACUAUUAUGUCAAGGUCCAAGCUACUCAACCGCUCGGGAUGUGGGCUGAUUUUGUCAGUCGACUCACGACGUCUUAUGACACAAAGGACAAGCCGAGAGAAGCAUGGCUUGAGGUUGAAUGCCUCACCAAGACCCCAUGGAUGGAUAUGUCUAAAUUUGCUGAGAAGUUUAAGAAGUGGGCUAACAAGUCCGCUUUAUCUGACGUGGAUCUCAUAGAAAAGAUCUGCCACAUCACGCCCGACAAAAUACUGCAAGUACAUGCAGGAAUGGAUGAGAAACAGUGGCCUACCACAUGGGAGGCUUACCUCGACUGGGACUUGGAUAUUGAA